CUUAUAAACUAUCUAGCAGCUAUCUAAAGAAUGAGGUUCAGACUUCGUUCAGACUUGGCCAGAUUCUUGUCUGAACCCCUAGGUUCUAGGUCUUGCGAGUGGUUACGGAUAUAUGACCCGGCGACCGCAUUUUUGUUUUGCUACACCUCCUCCACUAUACCUUACCCGUUUUCUUUUUCCCUUCACAGCUCCGACUUUUCGAGCCGGGUGCUCUUUCAUUCCUUUUCUUUGUCCUGCACAGCCUGCUCUGGAAGAGCCUGAGAUUGCACUUCACGUCUGCUGGUCGAUACAGCACCCUGGGUCAUGUCCUCGUUCUCGCUCUUUCUCGCUUUCUUAGUCGUCUUUUCGUCAUCCGUGAUUCAACUGCAUGGUCGUCCGGUCAAAUCUCUUACCACUGCGGAGCUUUUGACCAAUGCUCAGCUUGCACAACAGCUGAAUGCUGCGUUCCAGAGUUUGUCUUCUGGUGAUGCCUGCACUUCUGGCGAAGUUGCCUGCAUAAAUGGUGAGGCUGCAGAAUGCAGUGGUACAAAGUGGAAGACUACUGCAUGUAUCGCAACUCAGUCUUGUUUUGCCGUUCCUAGCGUGACCAAGGCAAACGAUGCGGUUCUUCGUUGCACAAGUCAACGUUCUGCAGAAUCGAUCAUUGCUGCUAGUGGCGCCAGUGGUGGUUUAACGGGUUCCAAUUCAACAUCGACGUCAACUUCCUCGAACUCGACGUCUACUGCUUCCAGUUCUACAAACUCGACGAGUGCAAGUGCUUCUGCUUCAUCCAGCGUCGUGUCUGCGUCCUCUACUUCUACCAGUAGUUUCUCAACUUUGACAAUUUCUCGGAUUCAGCAAGUACAAGCACGAGUACUACUACAAUGCGCUCAGUAUACUGUCUAGUGUUCAGGCUACUUCCACGGCGACCAAUACGAAUUCGAUUGUGACUACGACUAUCUCGCCUUCAGAGGCGCUCAGUAUCUUGUCUAGUCUUCAGGCUACUACCACACCUCAGCGGCCAGUACAUCAAUGGCGGCAGCCUCGAGCAAUGUCUCAACAACGUCG